AUGGGCGGGGGGCUCUCGGCCGUGCUCUGGGCUCAAGGACUGCACCGCCGGGGAGGGGCCGCAAGCCAGGCUCGGCUUCGUGAGGCGAGGGACGCCCCGUUUAGCGGAUCUGCCAGACCCCCCGCCGCGCCCCUGAUUCCACUCGGCACCGGGGGCGCGCGCAGGGCGGUGGUGCCAGUGCAGGAGGCGCCCGCGCAGCACGAGCAGGCUCUCGGCACCGCUGUGCCCGGCACCCCUGGUCCCUUUGCACCCCGACCCUCUCAGGUCCUUCUAGGUCCUCUCUUCUGCAGAUGCCCAGAGUUUCGUGCCCGCAACCCGCGGGCAUUGUCAGUCCCUGCGCACCCCGCAGUCGCCAGACGGCGAAGCGAAGGGAGCCGCUUCCUAAGCGGGGCCAGGAGCAAUUCCAGCGCCCCCGGAUUGGUCUACAAAGGGUUUCUUCUAAUCUACAAACUCAGCUAUGCCUUUGGUGUGGUGGGUUAUUUGACCAUCAUGUUUACAAUGUGUGGAUUCAAUUUAUUCCUGGAAAUUCGGGCUCAACAUUCCAUGGAUUUUGGCAUUGUGUCGUUGUUCUAUAGCCUGUAUUAUGGUGUCAUGGGGAGAGACUUUGCCGAGAUCUGCUCGGAUUACAUGGCCUCCACCAUAGGGUUCAAAUCUGAUCUAGAAACUUUCCUAACAAGAUGCUCAAGGUUUCAUGAAUUCUGCAUCCGAGGAUGGUGUAUUGUGGGUAAGAAGCAGACUUGUCCUUAUUACAAAGAAAAGGUUGAUUUGAAGAGGAUGAUCAGUAACCCCUGGGAGCUCACACACAUUUUAUAUGGGCAAAUUCUGGAUUGGCUUCAUUAUAUGGUAGCCUGGCAACCAGUGGAUGGGGUAGUUCAAGACAUUAACUGUUCAUUGGGGCUGGAAUAG